AUGUCCACCGAACAAGACACCAAGACCGAGGAGCAGAUCCCACUCACCUACGCCGCCGUCGCCGCGCCAGACACUGUCGCCACCGAGGGAGAGGCCGCCGUCGUCGCUCCAGAAGAGCCGAAGCCAAAGAAGAACUGGUUCACCUGGGGAAAGAAGAAGACUGCCGGAGGAGAUGUUGCCAAUGUUGAGGAGGGAGCCGUCGCCGCCGGAGAUGAUGAGCCAGUGAAGGAGAAGAAAGAGAAGACGUGCUGGUGGAAGAGAUGUCAGAAGAAGGGAGAGGGAGAGCAGAAGGAAGACAACAUUGCCAUCGGCAUGGAUCUCGUCAACCGUGACACUCAAAACAUCAACAAUCACAUCCAACUCAACUUCGAGGACAUCUUCGGAGAGGCCGAUUCUCAGCACUCAUGGGAUUGUGUCUGGCGUUUGAACCACACAGUCUUCAACGCUACUCGUCUCUUCAUCUACCGUCUCGUCUCAAUCUUGGCUCUUCCAUUCACUUUCCUCUUCGCCAUCUUCUUCGGACUCGUCGCUUCCAUCAACGUGUUCAUCAUUGUGCCACUCGGAAAGUUGCUCUCAAUUCCUGGAAAUCUUUUGGCCAAGAUCUGGAACUGGCUCGUUCACGCCAUCUUCGACCCGAUCGCCAGCGCUGUCGGACUCAUCUUCUCGAAUUUCAACAUCAGAAAGUAUGGAAUCAAUCAGGAGACCACUGCUCCAUGUGUCUAA